GACCCUGAUAUUGUGUUGCCGUGGCACGGGUUGCCACAUCCUGAAGGCGUAGAUCAGUGGUGCAAUGGACAUAAAGUGAGGAUUGAUACGGACCAUGCAAUCAAGGUAAAUAUGAAGGUUAACGUGUUAGAGAUCAGAGAAAUUGAUAUAAUUCGCGAGACCUUCACGGUCGUCUUUACGAUGCAUUUUUAUCACGUCGAUCCACUGCUGAAGGAUUUUCGCACUGACGUGGCCUUCACCACCGCGGAAGGGCUAAAUGUCGAGAGACAGUGCUUACUCAUUGGGGCGUGGAAGUACUCUUCAAGUGGAACAGUGAAGGUGCUCUGCGAGAGCGGGCUGGAAAAAGAGAUCAAGCCCACAGACAUCAAGUCCAUAAGACAACCAGAUUGGGACUCCGGCGGCCCGCUGUUCAGGCCCAACUUUUCCUUUGGCAACGCCAUCGGGAAGCCAAAACUCCUGCAACACGAACGCAUGCUAGAGUAUUGCAGCGCUGCCGGAGGUCACGUUUUCGAGAAGUACAAGUUCCAGGGCACCUUCGCGCAACGAUAUGAGUUGCAGGGCAUGCCGUUCGACAGGCAGCUCUUGAUGGUCCACAUCAAUAGUGAACACCCUGUCUGGCGAAUGCAGUUGGCGUCUUUCAAAGACGAUCGUGCGGGGUGGCUAAAUAGUAAGAUGAACCUUCCCACGGAGUGGCGGGUUGACGACGACAUAACGGUUUGCGGCGUCAAAGUGCCUCCAUGUCGGUUGAUGACUUGGAAAUUAGGCGACAGUUCUUUCAAGUCCUCUGCCGCGGUGCUGGUCCACGUGACCCGCGAUGCUACGUUUUAUAUGUUCAACGUGGUGGUUGUCAACUUUGUCAUCACACUCAUGACAGUGUUUGCCUAUGCGUGCAAUCCAGAUGAUUUUCAGGGCAGGGCAAAAAUUCAAUUCACCAUCCUUCUUACAACGAUUGGCUACAAGAUAGUUACAACGGAGUACACGCCAGUCAAAUCAUAUUUGACUUUCUUGGACAAGUGCAUGCUUGCAAACUUUCUGUUUCAGUGCGUCGCCAUACUGCAAAGUUUUUGUUCCAUACUGCUCGGAUGCCAUGUUGUUGCCGACAGGGAUGGUGACUGGAUGGAUGGAGUCUUCAAUGGCGAGUUCACGAGACGGGUUCCACCACCUCGCGAGUGCUGGCUUCGCGUGAACGUUAUCGAGAUGUGGUUCUCAUGCAUGUUUUACGGCACUUGGACUCUAGCGCAUUGUGCUCUGUUUUUGUGUCAUCGUUACGGGCUCACGUAUAAGUUUGCGGGUACGUGGGACACGGUCUACGAAGAUAACGGCAUGCUCGGGAACACCGAAAUUUCUUAUGAUCAACACCCGUAUGGUGUUGGUUCUACCGGCGAGGGUUUAGCGUGCUUGGCGAGUGGUAGUCGGCCUUUGAUUUAG